AGAAGAGAAGCAAAAGAGAUGUCCUUUGCAUCAGUGGAGGCAGCAAGAUGCGUGCGAUUGAUCAAACGAGUGAUCUCGGUCGUCACGGUGACACUGCUGCUCAUUGCGUCGAGAGCUGCUGCCGGCGACGCUGCGAGGACGGGCGCAUUCAUCGGAGCACCACGCGCACGGGUGAGGACGCACCAGCAAGAUGCAGACAUUACCUCUCAUGAAUGUUGCUUGCUGCAUCUGCAGAUCUUCUUCCCUCUGCUCCACGGGCAACGCCAGCUCCCCGUCACCGGCCAUUCAGCCCUCGUGCAGCCCAAGCCUCCUGCCAUUGUCCCCUCCCACCCCAAGACCGAAUCGCGCCCUGCAAACGCCACCGUUGCAGCUCCCUUACGGAGAGCUGGCAUCAGCACUCAUGGCGAGAACCAUGUUAUUCACAUCAGCUCCCGCACCCUGCACAAGCAUGAGGAGCAGCUGGUCAACCGGCGGCUGCUCAACUGUCGACUGCGCCUCUCGGAGGCGCCCACAGAGGCCGUCAGGAGGAAGUGGCGGCGGAUCAACCGCGGGAUCACUUUUUUUGUGCGCCACGGGCGGCACGGCAGCUUCAGGGGCGCCAAUGGGGUGCGGAUUGUCUAUCGGGCUUUCCCGCAUUACGACAGUGAAGGCGCGUUGCUGCCUGGUGUGGUUGUGGCGACGGGGUGGUCUGAGUGCCAUGUCAAGUAUGGGGAGCUCAUUCGCGACUUGUAUCGGGCUGGCUUCUCGGUCUUCACCUUCGACCAUCGGUGCCAGGGGCUGUCAGGCCACGAGCUGGGAGAAGGGCGGCCGUGGAUCACUCACGUGGAGCGGUUCCACCACUACACCGACGACCUGACCACAUUUGUGAAUGAGGUCGUCAAGGCUACCCCGACCCACAGGUCCCCUGCAAUCGCCCGCACUCGCCCUGCCCCUCCCCUCUUCUAUGUCGCCCACAGCAUGGGGGCCUUCAUCGGACUGGUGGCUCAGCACAACUCCAAGCAAAGCGAUCCCCCCUCCCCACUCUUUUGUCGCAUGGCGCUGUCCGCCCCCAUGUUGGCCAUGAAGACGCCUGCCGGCCCGAAUCGAUUCGCCAUAUGGCUGGCGCGCAUUGCCAUUCUGGCAGGGAGAAAGAUACGCUCGCCCCUGGGCGACCAUCCAGUGGAGAAUCCUGAGUUGGGUGCUCGCAUUACUCAUGACGAUGACAGGAAGAGUGCGUGGGAGCGGAUGAGGGGCAUGCUGCCGCGAACCAUGAUCAGGGGGCCGUCGUUCAACUGGAUCAAGGAGGGCAUGAAGGCGGGAUUCAGAUUCAAGAAACAGGUGAGAAUGCAAAAGGGGCUGUGGAUCCUACGGCGUCUGUGUGUGUAUGGUCCGCAAUUGCUGCAGUGGCGUCGCUUCGACACUCCGACGGUUGUCUUUCUCGCGGGAAUUGAUGACUUCGUCUGGAAAUCGCCAAUGGUACGCACACGCGCCCUCAUCUCGCCCCUCUGCAUAUGUGAGUGUGUGUGUGUGUUGGCAUGUCUGUCAGCGCAAGUUCUGCUACCGAGCGCACCACACGCAGCUGGUGGAGUUCCCCCACGCCUACCACAACCUGCUCUCAGAGACCGACUCGGUCCGCACCCCACUGCUGCUCCACGCCGUCAAUUUCUUCAGGCAGGCUAUCCGACACACCAGCGAUGGACAUGGACAUGGACAUGGGCGUGGUCGCCGGACGAAGACACGUCAGUGAGGCUGAGUGUGUGUACAAGGUGAGGAGUCCAUAUGCUUUUUUGCGUCAGUGAGUGUGUUGCGAGCGUGUAGAGGAGCGGUUCGGCGCUGUGCUGAUUGCAGACUGAUUUCGGUGGUGUUUAUGUGCGUGGUGUAAAGUGUGCACCAAACGACAUAUGGCUGGG